AUGUUCAAUGUAACGUUGGACGAUGUUCGCGUAUUGGAACAUGCAACUGUUAAAGUACCCUAUGAAACAUUAAAUAAACGAUAUCGUCAUGCACAAAAACAGAUUGAUCGUGAUUCAGCUCAAUUACUUGCAACUGUUGCUGAAUUGGAUCGAUCGACACAAUCAACAGCUACAAUCGAUACUCUUAAACGAGUACUUGAACGAGCUAUAACACUUAAACGAAAAGCUCGAGAAUUACGCGAUGAUGAAAUUGAAUGUUUACAAGCUGUUAAACGACGUGUUGAUCAUUUAAAAGACUAUGAUAAAAGUUCAUUAUCGAAAAUGGAAAUAUGGCGACGACAACGAUAUGAACGUAUUCUUGUUGAUUUUCUCUUUCGAACACGAUGUUUCGAAACUGCCCAAGCACUUGCCAAAGCAACAGGAAUUGAGCAUUUAGUCAAUUCUGAAAUUUAUUUGGCUGGACGUGAAAUUGAAGAAUCAUUAAUGCAUCGUGAUGUAUCCAAAUGUUUAGCUUGGUUUAAUGAAAAUAAAACAAAAUUAAAGAAAAAUGGUAGUACACUUGAUUUUUGUAUUCAUUUACAAGAAUUUAUUGAACUUGUCCGCAAUAAUCGUUCUUCCGAAGCAAUAUCUCAUGCACGUAAAUAUUUAAAUGGUCCUGUACCAGAACAGCAUUUAAUUGAAUUUCAAUCAGCUAUGGGUUUACUUGUUCUAUCACAACGAUCAAAAAAAGAAUUAAACAAUGAAUAUCAAACAUUACUUGAUGAAAAUCGAUGGACAAAAUUAAUUGAACAAUUUCGUCUUGAUAUGUUUAAAUUAAAUCAAAUGGGUCAACAAAGUAAAUUUACAGCUGUUUUACAAAGUGGUUUAUCAGCUUUAAAAACACCAACAUGUUUUGAUAAAGUAUCAUCUGUAAAAAAUCCUAAUUGUCCUGUAUGUAAUGUUCAUUUAAAAACAAUUGCUAAAGUUUUACCAUAUGCUCAUUGUUCCGUAUCAAAAUUAAUCUGUGCACAAUCACGCGAACCAAUUAAUGAAAGUAACCCACCAUUAAUGUUACCUAAUGGUUAUGUUUAUGGAUCGAAAACUCUUCAAGCAAUGGCUGCUGUAAAUAAUGGCAAAGUUAUUUGUCCUCGUACAAAAGAAACAUAUGAUUUAACCCAAGCUGAAAAAUUCAAACAACAUGGUCAUACAGAUACAGCAUUAGAUCGUCGUACAGCGACAACAACUGGUCAAAUGCUCUAUCAAAUCAUUGAUCCUAGACCAGCACAUGUGAACUACAUAGAUAAUUCACCACCGACACCACCACCUCCUUCCGUCAUUGCUGCUAAUCGACGACGUGAAACUUAUAGCAAUCGUUUCUCGGAACAUGACAAUCGAAAUAUUAUACAAAAUUAUGGAGAAUAUUUUGGUCGAGGUUAUGGUAAACGUUUGCCAUCUGAAUCAGCAAAACAUCGUCAAGAUUGGAGUCUUUCACAUGAUCCACUUCCUGUUCAUCCUGAUCGAAGUGUAACACAACGUGAUUAUCGUGGUUUACCUGCACUUGAAAACCAACGAUUCACAUCAUCAUCUUUAUUAUCAACAAAUCGUAAAAAGUCAAGUGUUCAUUGGAUGACAAGUUGCUAUGAUGAUUAUGGACGAAGUGUUGAACGUGUACCAAAUGAAUUGAUCUAUCUUGAUGAUUAUAAACGAAUGCCUAUUCAUCCAUGGCAUUAUUAA